AUUGGGGGCAGCCUGCUCGCAGUCCACGGGGGCCUGUCGCCCUCCAUCCACCACUUGGACCAGAUCCGUCUCUUGGACCGAUUCUCGGAGAUUCCGCACGAUGGGCCGCUGGCAGAUCUUAUGUGGUCAGAUCCCGAUCCGGACAAGACUGGCUUUGUGAUCUCACCACGGGGUGCGGGCUACGUCUUCGGCCAGGAUGUGGCAGAGAAGUUCCUGCACGUGAACCAGCUCAGCCACAUCGUGCGAGCUCACCAGCUCUGCAUGGCAGGCUACCAGGUGCUGUUUGACGACACGCUGUCCACUGUUUGGAGUGCUCCAAACUACUGUUAUCGCUUCGGGAACAUCGCUUCCAUCUUGGAGGUCUCUGAGGAAGGAAGCCGCUUCUUCAACGUCUUCGGACCCGCCCCCGAGAGCGAGC